CCGCACCUUGCAAGCCCAAAUCAGCACGAGUCAAAGAUCACAGCGCGACCCCGACCAUCGCUACGGCAGAAUGAAAGUGUUUCGCAACAGCAAAAACAACCACAACCACAAACGCAAACACAAACACAAACAGUUCAGGUACGCGGACGUCGGAGAAAUACAAGCGAUCCCGAGCAAGCGCAGUUACCGCCACGCCGACUUCGAUCGAUUGUGGGCACCAACAGCCACGGGGAGAUGGAAAAGGGCCCAGCCUAUGCCAGGCACAACCUCAAAUGCAGCGUAGACCCAGAUGUCCACGAGACGACACAUGACACCACACUUUACGCGCGCAGGCACGCUAGUGAUCUCCUGCGCAGGCCGCAAAGAACACCCGACAUCUCUUCGCGCGCGACUGAUACGCCUUCUGCACCUCCCGUUGUGGCGCACACGCCGCCGCACAUUGGCGCGGCGCAGGUGCGCAGGCGAUCUGUGAGCGCCACGCGCCCGCACCAUGCAGCGCCACGCUCGCCUGUGCCCACACACCGCACAGGUACGCACAGCCUAGCCCAGUCCCCAAUCACAGCCAUUGCGGUCAACACCAUCACCACGCACGCCAUCGCCACGCGCUCAAAAAGCGUCAAAGCCUUAUCGUCGCGGCCGCGCGUCAACUCUGGAACGGGCGAGAAAGGCCACAACACGCCCGACAGCACGUCACAACAAACCAAACGACCCCCAAUGCGCAAGACGUACUCAGUGCAGAUCCCCACACAGCCGGCAGCGUCCUCGCGCCCGCGGGCAGAGAGCUUCCUGGGUACGCCACAGACACACUCACAGAUACACUCACAGACAACCAGCCCCACUGCGCCGAUGCGCGUGUAUGUGAUCAGUCCCAAUACCGUGCGCAAGAAGAAGUCCACUCCUCGCACAUCCAAACGCCCAGACCAACCCCAGUCACACGCACAGCCACAGUCACAGUCACAGUCAGGAAGCGUGCGCGACGUUCCAAAGGACGCGCCACGAGCGCAUGUCACACAGCCAGUGCGGCACUCGCGCGAAACAACGCCGCGCCUCGGUGCGCUGAGCCGCGCACAGCACCAGGCGGAGACGCUGAUUACAUCGCACGUGGUGCAGCAGCAUGCGCAGCGCAUGCGCAAUGAGUAUGUUGUGGGGCAGACUCCAAACACACAGGAGGUCUACACACAGCCAAUCAAAGACACGUGGAAACCCGACAUGCGGGGCAGGAGUACGCGCAACAGCGAAGUGCAGGUGAAUGGCAAAGCACGCUGA